AUGGAGCCCGUGUGCCAUGGGCCUCAGACCAACGUGGUCCGGUCUCCAGAUUGGGCUUUGAUUCACGACAAUGUCGGGGCGAAGCGCCACCGCAAGGUCCUCUGCGACAACAUCCAGGGCUUCACCAAGCUGGCCAUUCGCCGCCCCGCCCGCCGCGGCGGCGUCAAGCGCAUCUCGGGGCUCAUCUACGAGGAGACCCGCGGCAUCCUCAAGAUCUUUCUAGAGAACGUCAUCCGCGACGCCGUCACCUACACCGAGCACGCCCGCCGCAAGACCGUCACGGCCAUGGACGUCGUCUACGCCCUCAAGCGCCAGGGGCGCACCCUCUACGGCUUUGGUGGGUGAACGAGUCGCACCGCCCCUGUCGCUGUUGCCGCCGCUGCCCGUGAUGCCUGGCGAGCUCGAUCGGGGUAGCGUUUUCCUUUUGGUUACUGGCCAUCGGAGAUAAAAAAAGGUGUCAUCUUAUUUUGGAUUCACGAAAUGGAAAUCUUGGAAGCUGUAGUCGAACGCUCGCGAUUUAUUUCCUCCUCCAUUCUUCAUGAAACCCUCCGUCUAUAAUUAUAGCUGAUGUUGUGAACAGCAAUCAAUGAGCAACAUGUCUUCUUCUGCUGCUA